AUCCCAUCAGAGUCACUACCACCAUCACCGUCAUCCCCCUCCAUAUGAGUUUCAUUCCAUGGCACACCCAUCGCUGUCUCCAACUAACACGACCAGUGUAAAGAAGCCCAAAUUGGAACAUAAGUUCUCGAGGAUAGCCGAUGGCUUUACCUCCUUACAGCAGGUAACAGAGGAGCUGACAAAAUCUGGGCUUGAAUCAUCGAAUCUCAUUGUAGGAAUUGACUUCACAAAAAGCAAUGAGUGGACAGGUAAGAACUCAUUCCAUGGCAGCAGCUUGCACCACGUUGGAACUACUAAAAAUCCUUAUGAACAAGCAAUUUCCAUUAUUGGACGAACCUUGUCAUCAUUUGACGAAGAUAACUUAAUCCCAUGCUUUGGUUUCGGAGAUGCAUCUACCCAUGACCAAGAUGUAUUUAGCUUCUACCCAGGGAACAGACCGUGCCAUGGAUUCGAGGAAGCUUUAGAUCGGUAUCGAGAAAUCGCUCCGUUUGUGCAAUUAUCUGGACCGACAUCUUUUGCACCAAUUAUUGAAAUGGCCAUGACCAUUGUGGAGCAGAGUGGAGGGCAAUACCAUGUUCUAUUGAUAAUUGCUGAUGGUCAGGUAACAAGAAGUGUAAAUCCCCAAGAACAGAAGACAGUUGAUGCUAUUGUCAAAGCUAGCAAGUAUCCCUUGUCCAUUAUUUUAGUUGGAGUUGGAGAUGGACCAUGGGACACGAUGCAUGAAUUUGACGACAACAUACCUGCUAGAUCCUUCGACAAUUUCCAGUUUGUGAAUUUCACUGAAAUUAUGUCCAAGAAUGCACCAGAAAGCCUUAAAGAGGCUGAGUUUGCUCUUGCAGCGCUCAUGGAAAUACCUUUGCAGUACAGAGCAACACUGGAUCUUGGGAUUUUGGGUCAGCAUGCUAGAACAUCACCAAGAAGAGUGGCUCUUCCGCCUCCUGCUACUGUUCCCAAUUCAGUACCUCCUUCGCCUGGUUCUAUGCAGAGCUCAUCGUCUUAUUCUCGUCAUAGUACAACUCCUGCUCCAUCAGCACCAGCUGCAAGUACCUCUUCAGACACUCAGGUUUGUCCAGUUUGUCUUUCCAACCUGAAGAACAUGGCAUUUGGCUGUGGCCAUCAGAUAUGUCACGAUUGUGGGUCACUUCUCAGCUCCUGCCCCAUUUGCCGUAGAACAAUUGAGACAAGAAUAAAGCUGUAUUCAUGAUGUGCAUAAAUUCCUGACCAAGUGAUCUUUAAAGGGAACAUACACCGCAAAUUUCCUUCAAAGGGAACUGGAAU